AUGAGCAAACAAUCUUUAGUGGAGCUUACGGAAAGCAAGGAUGAGUAUCUCGAACUUGAAAAUGAGGAAACACUACCUGUUAAAAAAUCAUCACGAGAUAAUGGCAACGAAGAAACUUUAAUAGCAACAGCUUUUACGCACUCUGAAGAUGAAAUGGUAGAGAGCAACCAAAAAUGGCAAAACCCAAACUAUUUCAAAUAUGCGUGGCAAGAGUACCUCUUUAUAUUUACUUGCAUGAUAAGCCAGCUUCUAAACCAAGCAGGUACUACGCAAACUCUUUCGAUUAUGAACAUUCUUUCGGACAGUUUUGGCUCAGAAGGAAACUCAAAGUCAUGGCUGAUGGCAUCUUUUCCACUAGUUUCAGGCUCAUUUAUAUUGAUUAGUGGCAGACUAGGUGACAUUUACGGGCUAAAAAAAAUGUUAUUGAUAGGAUAUGUUUUGGUUAUUAUAUGGUCUUUGAUUUGCGGGAUCACCAAGUAUUCUGGUAGCGAUACUUUUUUUAUUAUUAGCAGAGCCUUUCAAGGUUUGGGGAUCGCAUUUGUUUUGCCAAAUGUACUGGGCAUAAUUGGUAAUAUAUAUGUGGGCGGUACUUUUCGUAAAAACAUUGUGAUUAGUUUUGUCGGCGCAAUGGCUCCUAUUGGAGCAACUUUAGGUUGUCUCUUUGCUGGGCUGAUCGGUACUGAGGACCCAAAACAGUGGCCAUGGGCAUUCUAUGCGUAUAGUAUAGCCUCUCUCAUUAAUUUUGCCCUGUCCAUAUACGCCAUCCCCAAUGCUAUACCAACAAAUAUUCAUCAUUUUUCUAUGGAUUGGAUUGGUUCUGUUUUGGGUGUGAUCGGUCUCAUUUUAUUAAAUUUUGUGUGGAAUCAAGCUCCCAUAUCAGGUUGGAGUCAAGCUUACAUUAUCGUGAUUUUGGUCAUUUCUGUAGUUUUCCUUGUCGCUUUUGUCAUUUAUGAGAUUCGGUUUGCCAAGAGUCCAUUAUUACCGCGCGCCGUUAUAAAAGAUCGUCAUAUGAUACAGAUUAUGCUGGCUCUGUUCUUUGGAUGGGGCUCAUUUGGUAUCUUUACGUUUUAUUAUUUCCAAUUUCAAUUAAAUAUAAGGCAUUACACGGCAUUAUGGGCUGGUGGCACUUACUUUAUGUUUCUAAUUUGGGGUAUUAUUGCUGCUUUACUAGUAGGAUUUACUAUUAAAAAUGUGUCGCCAUCAGUGUUUCUGUUCUUUUCUAUGGUAGCAUUCAACGUGGGCUCAAUAAUGGCAAGUGUUACACCAGUUCACGAGACAUACUUUCGCACUCAGUUAGGGACCAUGAUAAUUUUAAGUUUCGGGAUGGAUCUUUCAUUUCCUGCAUCUUCCAUUAUCUUUAGUGACAAUUUGCCGAUGGAAUAUCAAGGUAUGGCUGGAUCAUUGGUGAAUACUGUUGUUAAUUAUUCCAUGUCUUUGUGUCUUGGUAUGGGUGCUACGGUAGAGACGCAGCUCAAUCCAGACGGCAAGAAUCUUUUGAAGGGUUACAGAGGCGCCCAGUAUCUCGGAAUAGGAUUGGCAAGUUUAGCAUGCAUGAUUAGCGGGCUUUACAUGGUCGAAAGCUUCAUAAAAGACCAUAGGGCAAGAGCUGCUGCAGAAUAUGACUGCGCUAUGACCUAA